CAGACAGUUUAGCUGCUUGUCCUGUCCGUCCUGGUACAGUUGUGGAAGAAUCUCUUUGUGAGCAGUGUAAAGUCCAAGUCCAUCUUUCAAGUAUUCCUUAGAAGUGAAUUUGUUCUUGUUGGGUGAAAUGUUAGUUGCAUUUUUUAGUUUCUAGUGCUUAGAAGUUGAAUUUGUUCAUCCCGACCAGUAGUGGUGUCCUUGCACACCUUUAGUGAGUCUAGAGUAGAACUUUGAUUGUCUUUUUAAGAAAACCGUUGAAAGAACGCGAAGAGCCUCCUUGAAACUGAAGAAAACGAUUUUAUGAGUGCUUAGAGGAUCCAAUUUUUCAUUUCUCCCAAAGUUGAAAAAGUAAAGCCGCCAAAGUGAUUUUAAUAAAGCAAUAUCUCGAAGACCUCCGAAAGAUAAUUGAGGAGAAAAUGUCGCUCAAUCCAAGGAAUUAUAAGCUGUCUGAUAGGACUGCGAGGAUGACUGCACACGACAUCCUCCCGUAUGUAGACGCUAUGCCAGAAACGCGGGAGUUUCUCCUAAAAAUCAUUGAUGUACUUCUCGACUUUGUCCGAACAACUAAUGACCGAAAUGAGAAAGUGUUGGAAUUUCACCAUCCGGAAGACAUGAAGAAGCUCUUGGACUUGGACUUGCCACACCGCGGAGUCACCUUGCAACAAUUAGUGGAAGACUGCGCUACCACACUCAAGUACCAGGUGAAGACGGGUCACCCUCAUUUCUUCAACCAGCUCUCUACUGGGUUGGAUUUGGUUUCGAUGGCUGGCGAAUGGCUCACUGCCACCGCAAAUACCAACAUGUUCACCUACGAAAUCGCUCCUGUUUUCAUUCUUAUGGAAAAUGUCGUUUUGACGAAAAUGCGAGAAAUCAUCGGCUGGACUAGUGGAGAUUCAAUUCUGGCCCCAGGAGGUUCCAUCUCGAAUUUAUAUGCCUUCUUGGCUGCCAGGCAUAAGAUGUUCCCAGGAUAUAAAGAGCGUGGAACAAAGGCCCUACCUGGAGAGUUGGUUAUGUUCACUUCAGACCAGAGCCAUUACUCAAUUAAAUCGUGUGCUUCCGUUGGAGGAUUAGGUACAGAUAACUGCGUAAUGGUUCCUUCAGAUGAGCAUGGAAGAAUGAUUCCGCGCGAACUCGAGAGAUUAAUUGUGGAGAGAAAACAGAAGGGAUAUGUCCCAUUCUUUGUAAAUGCAACAGCUGGAACGACCGUUUUGGGUGCUUUCGACCCCAUUAUUGAAAUCGCUGAUAUUUGCAAGAAAUACGGACUGUGGUUACAUGUUGAUGCUGCUUGGGGAGGUGGUCUAAUGCUGUCCAAAAAAUACCGACACCCACGAUUAACUGGAAUUGAAAGAGCCGACUCGGUCACAUGGAAUCCUCACAAGUUGAUGGGCGCCAUCUUUCAAUGUUCAACAAUUCAUUUCAAAGAAGACGGCCUAUUGAUCAGUUGCAAUCAAAUGUCUGCGGAGUAUCUUUUCAUGACUGAUAAGCAAUACGAUAUCAGCUACGAUACUGGCGAUAAGGUUAUCCAAUGCGGUCGACACAACGAUAUCUUUAAGCUGUGGUUGCAGUGGCGCGCCAAGGGAACCGAAGGAUUCGAACGACAGCAGGACCGAUUAAUGGACUUGGUACAGUAUCAGGUUCGACGGAUUAAAGAGCAAUCGAAUCUAUUCCAUUUAAUUAUGGAGCCCGAAUGCGUUAACGUGAGCUUUUGGUAUAUUCCAAAGAGAUUACGUGGUGUACCACAUGAUGCUUCCAAGGAGAAAGAAUUGGGAAAGAUUUGCCCCAUCAUCAAAAGUCGCAUGAUGCAAAAGGGCAGCUUGAUGGUUGGCUACCAACCAGAUGAUCGCAGGCCAAAUUUCUUCCGAUCGAUUAUUUCAUCUGCUGCAGUCACAGAGAAGGAUGUUGACUUCAUGCUCGAUGAAAUUCAUCGGUUAGGGGAUGAUUUGUAAGCAGUUACUCAUUAGCAGCAUCUAGACAAAGAACCACCACACAGCCAUAUAUUUUAGCGAGAAGUAAAAGUGAAGUAAAUAUUGUAAAAAAUAUUAAACGAUUGCUUUUAAUUAUCUCUGAAAAUAUUACAAUGUAACGAAGGAAGUAUUUAAAAACCAUGUUCCAUUAAAACCCACAAUGAUCGAAAAUCGAAUAUGAUAUAUAUAUACAAAGACAAGAAAAACCAAGGAUUAUCAUUUAUAUGAACAUAUCAAAAAUUUGAAUUAUAUUUUGUAAUUUGUUGCUAGUUCUCUAUAAUUUUAAAAGUAUUAUUUGAGGAAAGAGUAAGAGAAGAUAUCUGGUUAUGUCGAAUGCUGUGCAUGACAAUAAACAUUAAUUAUAUAUUUAAAGUACAUAUAAGGAAAGCGUUAUUCAAUUAGUCAAAAUAUAUUAUGAAAGAAUGAAAGUAAAAGUGAGAAAUAUAAAAACAAGGAUUAUUUAUUGAAUUCGAAUGGAAACUGUUGCAUUUAUAUUGUGCCCAACAAAUAAAAAAGUAUGAUUACAUCAAAUGUAUCUUUUGUUUUUGUCGAAUUUCUAAGACAGUAGAUUCGUCUUGGAUUUUUAGCAGUAUGUUAAUAUAAAAGCAACAGAUUUCCAUUGAAUUGCAAUAAAAAGCGCUCAUUAAUAUAAAAAACUAAAAUAUACGCUUACACAGCAAAAUGCCAAGAAUGCUUGAUAUUAAAGAAUUCACAUAGAAUAAGGUACACGGAAACGAUGGACGAAGAGAUCCGGCAAUCUCAAAAACUGGCUACGUAGUGCUAUUUAAAACAUGAAGUGCAAUAAUCGCUUCCAAAAUAAUGCAUAAAACAAAAUAUGUUGAUAACAGGGCAAAAUAAAAAAAGCAACUAUAAAAGAGAGAUUAAAAAUAUAUUUAAAAUUACAGAAUGUAUUCUUGAAAAAAUAUUUACUUGUUGAAUUGUAUUUGCAAAGUGUAAAGAGAUUAAAGUAUAUAAAUGUGAAUUCGAAAGCAUAUAUACAUAUAAAUACAUUUAAAUUUGCGCGCAAAUGUCCCUGGGGACAUUUCGUCUAUGUGUAGCUUGCAAUAAAUUUCAAUCAGAUUUGCAGUAUUUUCUUAAGUAACAAAGAUAAACUUUGAAAUUAAUUUAGCUUUAAUUUAUUUAAAGGAUUCAGAGUAAUGACAGAAAAAUAAAUAAAUAAAACAUAUACAAUUUGCAAACAUGAAAUGUUCAUUUAUUUAUGAAUUUUUAUCAAGUUAUGUUUGUUCUAAGUGUGAUAUAUAUAUCCUAUAGGCUAAGAGGAGUUGAGGCAUUUAUUUUAUGUGAAAGCCUUAAAUGUGUAAAUUAUAAGAAAAUGGCUUAAUUUUAGCUUUAAAUAUUACUAAAAAAUUCUAUUUUCUAAAACCUAAUUUUAUAAUUUAUUUUUAUUCUACUUAAAGCUAAUUAUUUCACGGAAAUUAUAAAACUCUAUAUACAUAUAUAUGCACAUCCGAAAUGACAUCCUAUAGACUGAAUAUCAUCUAAUUCAUUAUAAAUGUAUUAGUAAAGAGUCGUCCAAGAGUCGAGGGCCGGAAAAUGUAUUAAUUCACCCAGAAAACAAUUAGAUGCCUUACAUGGGUUGCCAUCACAAAAGUUAUCUGAGAGAUAAUAUCGUGAAAGAGAAAAAUGUUUCGUUUUAUAUUUUAGUUCAUAAAUGCAGCACCUCUUUCAUCAUAAGUCUUAUUUUCUUCUCAUUCAAACUACUUCCAUGAAUUUAGUUGAAACCUUUAAAUUUUUAUUAUUAAAUUCAAUUGUGCAAAACAAAACUUUUUUUAAUUUCAUUUUGAAUUUACAUUUCGCGAACUUUCAUAUAAAUUAAUUGUAUGUAAUGUACGAAGUAACUUAACAAUAAAGUCACAAAGUCUUCCUUAAAACACAUGUUAAUUAUAUAAAUAAUUCUAGCGCAUUGAGAAUUUGGUAUUGUUUCCAAGGAGAGAAUUAUUUUUUCAUGGCAUCAUGAAUCUUAGAACAAAAAAUAGUAAAAUUGUGUAGUCACGGUUUCUUAGUUUUGUCGUGAAAAGAUUGCGUUAGGAUAAGUUAGUUGAAAUGUAUGCAUUUAACAGGGAUGAAGAAGCAUCAAUUAAACAAGCGAAUUAUGAUUAGUCAAUUAAUAACGGUAAGGACAAUCAAAAGCGUCCUUUCAUUAUUGCAUUAAAUAGUUGAACUCUCUCCUUGGAAAAACGACAUUGUAAAUUUAAUUAUUCUCAAAUGUUGUCUGGAAUUAUUCAAACUUGUAUGUAUAUGUAUGAAAAUAGAAUCUACACAUAUUAGUGGAAAGAAUUAUUGAAAACGUAUGAAUUGUGAGAAAUAUAUUUCAAUUAAUUAGACAAUUAUCAGAGAUGAGAUGAUUAUAAAUAGGAAAUUAUCGAUAAAUUUAUUCAUUAUUUCCAUAAGUUGAAUUCACGAUUGUGAACCAUUUAAAGUUCCUUUGAAUGAUUUAAUUAAAAAUCAAUAAUUAAUCGAGAAUCACAAUGCACACUAAUGGAAAGAUGAGUAGAAUUAAGAUAAGUGGUUCUAAGUUGAACGCAUUAUCAAGUAUUCCGUGUUGUUAUUGGUUGUAUCCAAUUUCAGAUUAAUUAAUGAUGAAUAUAAAUAAAUGAGACAUUAUAUGUGAA